AAUUUAUUGAAAAAAAAAAAUUUAAUAUAAAAAUUAUUUUAUUUUAUUUGGUAUGUAUAAUUGGAAUAUUCGGAUUAUGAAUUUGAGGAAUGAUGUAAAGAUCACGAGUAUUUUGGAGUUGUUCAAUACAAAACCGGACAGACUUGAGUCUUCCAGAGAGUGUUUCGAUAGAAUGAAAGGGUAUGGUUCGAGGCUCAAUCCUGAAUUUUUGUCGGUGCAUUUUAUGUUGAAUUGUCGUAAUGAAAAGCUAAAAACAAGGUUGAUUGAAGAAAAUACUACAGAGAUUAAUAUUAUAGAAGACAUUGUUGUCAAAUUUGAAUCGUUGGAGAUCAAUAAUAAUAAAACAUAUGUAGAGAAAGAUUCUUGGAGAAGAGAGGAUAGAAAUUGGCAAGGCUUUUCGUCUUGGAAGAGAACAAGCAGACUUUUAAGGCCAACACCAGCAACAACAAUUACAACAACAACAGCAGCAACAACAGCAGCAACAACAACAGCAGCAACAACAACAACGGCAGCAGCAACAACAACAACGGCAUCAGCAACAACAACAACGGCAGCAGCAACAACAACAACAGCAAUUACAGCAAUUUCAAAAAAACGGAGAUGAUACAAACCCCUUAUAAUUUAAGGCCAAGAAAUAAAAUUAAUUUUAUUAAUGAUAUUAUGAUUGACCUUCAAGUUAAUAAUUAUGAUUUUUCUUUUAUGAUAGAUACUGGUUCUCCGGUGUCAUCCUUGCCCAUGAAAGAGUUUGAAAAGCUUACGAAGGAUGAAGUUGUUAAUACUAAAGAAAUAGGAGAUAGGAAUGACACUAAUUGUAAAUAUUUAAAUGUGAUGAAUUUUUAUUCAAAACCCAUCAUUUUGCAGCAUUUUCCACUUUUCAGAUAUUCUGAUCUUAAUUGUUCUCAUAUUCACAAAGAUUCCAACUUUCAACAAAUGAAACCAAAAUAUGAUUGUUUAUCCUAUCAUGCAUCUCAACAGAUAAUGGAAACAUUAAUGCCAAGAUUAGUAUUGUCAGGACAUACUCAUUCUGAUUGCCAUAUAACUCAUAAAAAUAACAUUAAUGAAUAUACUGUUGGUUCAUUUAACUGGAGAAAUACAAAUAGACCUUCUCUCUUACUGCUAUCAAGCAACUCCCAGAGCUAUUUGGUAAAAAUGUGUCACGGGCCUGACGAAAACUUAAUCCUCAACAUCUAUUACAUCAAUAUAUUUCUGAUGUCUCUCUCAAUCAUGUUUUUAUUUGGAAUAAUAAUUUAUAGAAAUAUAUUACCCACCAAAAUUAUUGAAAAGAUGUAUUAAUGAAUUUUAAUUAU